AUGCCAAAUAGCUCAAGUUGUACGGCUGUGCUGCCCUAUGAUUCCAUUUCUCAAGUUCCAUCUGAUCUCUCCGGUCUGACACGUCCGCCGUUGCUGGCCGAGGUGGAUCUAAUUGCAUUGGCUUGGAAGAAUCCAUAUGAAACCAAAAACAAAAUGGAUGCCAUGCUGCGUAGAAGGGUUGAUCGGGAGUAUUUUCUUCUAGGUGCUCAAGCUCACACCUCAGACGGCUUGGGUAUUCGGUGGAUAAUCAACAAUGCGACAUUGGAUAUGUCACGAUUGAAGAAUUUUACCACACCACUCCUCCUCGAUCUUUACAAUGGGAAUGAGCAAAAUCUACCCAACGAUGUCACCUAUACUGUCAAAGACAAUGAACUUGUUGAUAUUGUACUUCAAAAUACUGUGGCAUUGAAUGGUGUCUGUGAAAUUCAUCCCUUUCAUAUGCAUGGACACAAAUUCUGGGUCCAUUCGUAUGGAGCCGGCAUGUAUGACAAGUCGAUAUCUGAUUCGAUAUCGGUUGUCCAUCUCGUGCUACGAGAUUCUCUGAUUCUCUAUGCUUCUGAAUACGCCUAUUUUACUCCCAAUCGUACCACAAGCAAUUACCUGAAAGCAUGCGGAUGGACUAAAUUACGGAUGAUUGCCGACAAUCCAGGUCUAUGGAUAUUUCAUUGUCAUAUUGGAGCGCAUGCACUCAUGGGUAUGAAUAUUUUAAUCAAAGAGGAUACCAACAAGUUAGAAAUGCACUCAUUGCCACAACAUUAA